AUGGUGGGCGAACCAGAUUCGCCUGUGACGAACUUGGAAUCUGGCGGUGGAAACAACGCUGCCACUGACGUCCCUGUGGCCAAUGGAGCCGGCGAAGUGGAUAUGAGCGGAUGGGAUAGUGAGAGCACCGAUUUGGACGAAACUCCUCGCCUCCCAGCUACCUAUAACUCCGAUGAGCCGUAUUACGACCAGCUUGAUAACACCUUAUUCUCCAUCGCUCGCAGGGCCUUCCGCGGAGAGGGAAUCAUUAUCCUGAGUUCGAUCGAAGAUUUAGACCAGUUCUUAAACUUCGACCCAAUCGGCCCCGGCUACAACUACAUUGACAACAUUGACAACAUCAUACCUCUCAUUUCAGGGGAGCGUGGCCCAGCGACUUUUCCUUCCGUCGAUGAUGAAGUAGACAAUCUCACCAACCCUGAUGAGGUUGAAGCCUCCCCGCCUCUCAUCUCAGCCGAACAUGGCUCCCCGACUCUUUCUUCGAUUGGAGACGAUAGCGAGGAGGGCCUCAUCGACCUUGACGACGCCAACGUCCCCUUGCCUAUCAUCAACGGACACGGAAUUGACCACGAUGUCCGGCAGCAUCCUGCGGGUAGCCAGCCGCCAGCGGAUAGUGAGAACGGGACUCAUGUAGAGGACUGGGAUGGGCUUUGGUUUUGGGGCCGUGGAUUGGAGGAAUGGGAGGCCAGGCGUGAUUAG